GAGGGUGUCGGGGCCGUGUGACAGGCAGCAGCACAGUUGGUCAGCUGUCCUGCACCGCCGAACAUCUGCAAAACACCUGAUUUCUCCUGAAGACUGAGAACCUGUCAGCACCUGUGAAGAGACGCUCGGCGCUCAGGUAUGGGGGCAGUUCCCACCAGGUGUGAUAGUGGCACUGGGGGGGCGGGUUCACAGCACAGUGUGUGUGGUCAGGACAGUGACAGCAAGCCGAUAAUUGAGAAGGAAGAAAGCAGGAGACACAGCUCUGGAGAGACGGUGCACUGUCCCACCUGCCAGGGGACUGGUCGUAUACCCAGAGGUCAGGAGAGCAAGCUUGUGGCUGUCAUCCCCUGUAACGAUCAGAGGCUGAGACCCAGACACACGAAGCUGUAUGUUGCUGUGUCUGUUGUCGUGUGCCUCCUGGUCAGCUCCCUGGUGUUGUUUUUCCUGUUUCCUCGCUCUGUCCUCCUUUCUCCAGUAGCUGUCAAGUCUUCUUUUGUCUACAUCCAUGAUAAGGAUAUCCAGAUCAACAUCACGAAUGUCCUGAACAUCACCAACAACAACUUUGUGGCGGUGCAGGCCUACAAUCUGACAGUGCAGGCCCUGAACUUUGACAUGGUGGUGGGAACGGUUUCCAUUAAGAACGUCACUUUCGUCAAACCUUUAUCCAUCAUGACGCAAUCCUUCGUGAUCCCCAUCAAGCUGACAGACCCUGACCUCUGUGACUACUGUAAGAAAGCUUCCUUGCCCAUCCACAUUCUGUAUCUGCACCUACAGAUGUCUAUGGCAGUGUAUUAUCUGGCCCACUACGAGCAGCUCUCCCUAGAGACGUUCGAGUACAUCGACUGUGGAUCAAACAGCACAAUACCACAUAGUGUGCAGCCUCCACCCACCUGAUGGAUGGACUGAGGAAAAGAUGGACACUAAGAGGAAUAGACAGACAAAAACUGUUUGCAUAGUGUGUCUUUUUGUAGUGGAAUAGUGGGGCCGGAACUUUUUUUUUUAAUUAACUGUGUCUCUGAAAUACUGAAUAACUUUAAUUUGUUACCAGAAUGCUAUUAACACUCAUCCUAGAUGGAUGAAUGAAGAAGGAAGGAAGGAAGGAAGGAAGGAAGGAAGGAAGGAAGGAAGGAAGGAAGGAAGGAAGGAUGGGCACCACUCUGACCAUCUCUACCGUCCAACUGUACAGUGGACAAUUUUAAUGUUGAUAAUAGUUCAGAGCUGUUGUCAGUUAUGUGAAAAUGUUGUGAUUGUUUGCACUGGCUUUGAGCUUUACUUUAUGAAAAUCACUGUUUGAUAAGUGAAAGUGCAUUUAAUGUUACUAAACUGUUUUUCCAAUUUUCUCAUUGAUUGUAAAAAUGAUGGUGAAGUACAUGUGUUGUAAAAUUGUACAAUAGUUUUGUCAGUAUGGUACAGCUGUGUUAAAAAUUCAGAUGAAUUAAAUUAUGGAUUAAUAUAUUCCAGCAGAAAGUGGCUUCUGAGUAUGCCACGUCCUGUGAUAUCAACAUGAUUGUACAGAUACAAUUUUAAAACUGAAUUAAUCAAUAUUUUCAUUAUAACAAUAGCCUUCCUUUUCGCCACUAAAAAAUAUCUUAUGUCCUUCAGAUGUUAUGAACUCUCCUUAUCCAGUAAAUCUAGUUUCCACCAGA